AUACAGCCCACAGACACUUCCUUCCUCCACGCUUGGGCACGGCAGCGGCGCCGCAAAGCCGAACGAGAGAGAGAAGCAGAGAACCCCUCCUCGACCUCGGCCUCUCCUCUUCCUCCUCCGCUCCCAAAAUCCUAGGGUUUUGCUCGCCGCGGCGCGAUGGAGCCCACCUCAUCGGCGUCGAUCGCGCGGCAGACGUGGGAGCUGGAGAACAAUAUCCCCGCGGCGGCCUCCGACCCGGACGCGAUGGACGCGAUCUACCGCUACGACGACGCGUCUCAGGCGCGGGCGCAGCAGGAGAAGCCUUGGGCCAACGACCCGCACCACUUCCGCCGCACCAAGAUCUCCGCGCUCGCGCUGCUCAAGAUGGUUGUCCACGCCCGCGCCGGGGGCACCAUCGAGGUCAUGGGGCUCAUGCAGGGCAAGUGCGAGGGCGACGCCAUCAUCGUUAUGGACGCAUUCGCGCUCCCCGUUGAGGGCACCGAGACCAGGGUCAAUGCCCAGGCCGAUGCCUACGAGUACAUGGUUGACUACUCAACCAUCAACAAGCAGGCUGGAAGGUUGGAGAAUGUGGUUGGCUGGUAUCACUCGCACCCUGGCUAUGGAUGCUGGCUGUCAGGAAUCGACGUGUCAACUCAGAUGCUCAAUCAACAAUUCACAGAACCAUUCUUGGCAGUUGUGAUAGACCCCACAAGGACAGUUUCUGCUGGUAAAGUGGAGAUUGGAGCCUUUAGAACAUACCCAAAAGAUUACAAGCCACCAGAUGAGCCUGUAUCUGAGUAUCAGACUAUUCCACUCAACAAGAUAGAAGAUUUUGGUGUCCAUUGCAAAUCGUACUAUGCUUUGGAUAUAACUUAUUUCAAGUCAUCCCUGGAUUCUCACCUCCUUGAUCUGCUCUGGAACAAAUAUUGGGUCAACACGCUAUCUUCAUCAUCGCUUCUGGGCAACAGAGAUUAUGUUGCUGGGCAGAUCUUUGAUUUAGCUGAUAAACUAGAGCAAGCUGAAGGCCAGCUGGCACACAGUCGAUUUGGUGGUAUGAUUAUGCCAUCGCAACGAAAGAAAGAGCAAGAAGAGUCUCCACUGGCUAAGGUAACACGAGAUAGCUCCAAAAUCACAGCUGAGCAGGUUCACGGCCUCAUGUCACAGGUCAUAAAAGACAUCCUUUUCAACUCUGUUCACCCGUCAAGCAAGGCAAGCACAAGUGCUCCACCAGAUUCAUCCGGUCCUGAGCCUAUGGUUGAAGCCUGAGUUCCAGCGGAAGGGGACAAUGGAUAUUUGUGUUAUGUUAUCUGAUUCAGAAGGUGCAAAACAAGUUAUCUUUUGAGUACAGAAUCAUCAUGUAAUUAUGAGUUGCCAUCUUGGGCUGCCACUGAGAGGGUGUGAUUUGGGUCCGGUUAGCAAUCUCAUGUAUUGGAUUUCGGAUCAGUAUUCGAAGCUUUCAUAACGAGGAGCCAUCAUCUUAUUUUA